UUUAUACGAUCGGUCACCGGAGAGGAGAGGAAACCCUAAUCAGCAGAUACAUAUCUAUCGACAUCGCCGGGGAGCAGUGUUAAUCGGCUGAGAUAGGCUCCGGCGCGGUCAGCUGAGCUUACUUAGCAGAGAGAAGAGAGAGAAGGAUGUCGUCGACUCUGCUGGAGGUGACGCGCGCGUCUCACGAGGAGGUGGAGCGGUUCGAGCGUCUCAUCGUGAAGGACCUCCAGAACGAGCCUGCCACCAACAAGGACCGGCUCUUCCAGAGCCACCGCGUCCGCCACAUGAUUGACACCAUCACCGCCACCACUGAAAAGCUCAUUGAGGUAUAUGACGAUAAGGACGGUGCGAGAAAGGAUGAGAUUGCAGCUCUCGGCGGACAGACUGCAACUGGAACGAAUGUUUUCAGUGCUUUCUACGACAGGCUGAAGGAGAUUCGUGAGUAUCACAGAAAGCAUCCGGCUGCUCGUGUUGUGGAUACCAAUGAGGAGUUUGAGGAACUUCUUAAAGAGGAACCUCAAAUUGAGUUCAGCGGAGAGGAAGCAAUGGGCCGGUACCUUGAUAUGCAUGAAUUAUACCAUCAGUACGUCAACUCCAAAUUUGGAGAGCCCAUCGAAUAUACUGCUUAUCUUGAUACUUUUGCGCGACUAGAGAAGAUCUCAAGGAGAUUGAAGUUGUCAAGGCAAUAUAGGGAGUAUUUGGAGAAGCUUCUGGAGUACCUUGUGUACUUUUUUGAGCGGACAGAGCCUCUGCAAGAUUUGGACAGAAUUUUUUCAAAGGUUCAAAGUGAUUUUGAAGAGAAAUGGGCCAGUAACAAAGUAGAAGGAUGGGAGAAUGGGGGUCAAGAAAAUGGACUUGUUCCACUGCAACAUACUGUGAUUGAUCUUGAUUAUUAUAGCACAGUUGAAGAACUGAUGGAAGUUGGUCCGGAGAAGCUAAAAGAGGCUUUGGGUGCUUUAGGAUUAAAAUCAGGAGGCACUGUUCAGCAACGUGCUGAGAGGCUCUUCCUCACAAAGCAUACGCCUCUUGAGAUGCUGGACAAGAAGCAUUUUGCAAAAGGUUCACGUAGUUUGGAACAGAACGGUACUGCAGUUGCUCCAGAGCAGAUGGACAGUUCAAAAGAAAUUGCUUUGAUGGAAGCAAAAAUUAAGAAGCUCUGCAGCCUGCUUGAGGAGACGAUAGUAAGAACAAAAGAGAAUGUCGAGAAAAGGCAAGCUUUGACAUAUGAAGAAAUGGAAGCAGAGCGUGAAGAGGAAGAUACACAGGCUGAAAGUGAAAGCGAUGAUGAAGAGCAACAGAUCUAUAACCCUCUUAAAUUGCCGAUGGGCUGGGAUGGGAAGCCCAUACCUUACUGGCUGUACAAGCUCCACGGUCUUGGACAGGAAUUCAAGUGUGAGAUAUGUGGGAACCACAGUUAUUGGGGACGGAGAGCCUUUGAGCGGCACUUCAAGGAAUGGCGCCAUCAGCAUGGGAUGCGCUGCCUUGGCAUUCCAAAUACCAAAAACUUCAACGAGAUCACGUCAAUCAAGGAGGCGCAAGAGCUGUGGGAGAGGAUCCAAGAGAGGCAAGGCUUGAAUAAGUGGCGCCCCGAUCUUGAAGAGGAGUAUGAAGACAGGGAAGGGAACAUCUAUAACAAGAAGACCUACACGGAUCUGCAGCGCCAAGGGCUCAUCUGAGGAGUGCUCUUCUACACUUUCUCGGCUUUUGUUGUAUUCGCUUGUUGACUAUGAGAUUAAAAUUCAUUCCGAACUCAUCUGCUUAUGCUUUUUGUUUUGGUAGCCCCGAGUUGAAAGUGUUCAGUAGUUGAUAGAUGGAUUAUGUAACAGCUGUCGUUUUAGGGGAGAGAGUUAUUGUAUUUGGUAAUUUGAGAUU